CUUUGACCUCUUAAACAUGAUUUACUGAAGACAUUUCGCGGGGUUGAUGUACCGGGCGGGCGCUGAAACGACAUGAGGGUAAAAAUUGACUUGUUAGAAUUAUAUCUAGCUAGCAAGGUAGUUUCUCUCUAUCUGUGAUUCGCAAGGACAACCAGUUAAGAAAUUGGACUUGCUGGGUCAUCGUUUAACAGCUAGGUUGCGUGUUGGAGGGAGUUUGGCUAUUCUCUCCACAAAUUGAAGCUUACCAGGAGGCAAGCCAGGCAGAAAUCGUCCGAAAAUGCCUCCCAUCGACAAUGACACUGGGAGGAAUCAACUAAAAUCUCGGAUACAGGCGCUUAUUGAUUCAAACCAAGUGUUGGUAUUCAGUAAAAGCUACUGUCCAUUUUGUGUGAAAGUGAAGGAUCUGUUCAAGGAACUGAACGUGAAUUGCAAUGUGGUGGAGCUGGAUCUAAUUGAGGAUGGAUCAAACUAUCAAGAACUGCUGCUUGAGAUGACCAGGCAGAAAACUGUCCCCAAUGUCUUCGUCAACAAAACCCACAUUGGCGGCUGUGACAAAACAAUGCAGGCCCACAAAGAUGGCAUCCUGCAGAAGCUACUGUGCGGGGAGAAUGAGGUCUACGAGUACGACCUCAUCGUCAUCGGGGGCGGAUCGGGAGGCCUGGCCUGCUCAAAGGAGGCAGCGAUGCUGGGGAAGAAGGUGAUGGUGUUGGACUAUGUGAUGCCCACGCCGAAAGGGAACACCUGGGGCCUGGGCGGCACGUGCGUGAACGUGGGCUGCAUCCCUAAGAAGCUGAUGCACCAGACAGCCCUGCUAGGGACCUCCAUGCAGGACGCCCGCAAGUUUGGCUGGGAGUUGCCUGAGGAGACAGGUAGCGUCUGUGUCAAAGUGAAGCACAACUGGGAGACGAUGAAGACUGCGGUGAACAACUACAUUGGCUCGUUGAACUGGGGCUACCGGGUGGCGCUGCGCGACAAGAACGUCAACUACGUCAACUCCUACGCAGAGUUCAUUGAGCCGCACAAAAUCAAGGCGACCAACAAGCGAGGAAAGGAGACCUUCCACACGGCAGCUAAGUUUAUCCUGGCGACAGGCGAGAGGCCGCGUUACCUGGGCAUCCCCGGAGACAAAGAGUACUGCAUCACCAGCGACGACCUGUUCUCGCUGCCCCACUGCCCCGGCAAGACCCUGGUGGUCGGGGCAUCCUACGUGGCGCUGGAGUGCGGGGGUUUCCUUGCGGGCCUGGGCCUGGACGUGACGGUCAUGGUGCGCUCCAUCUUGCUGAGGGGCUUCGACCAGGACAUGGCCAACCGUGCCGGUGAGCACAUGGAAGAGCAUGGUGUCAAGUUCCUCCGGAAGUACGUCCCCGUCAAGGUGGAGGAGCUGGAGGCAGGCACUCCUGGGAGGCUGAAGGUGACAGCCAAGAGCACAGAGAGUGACGAGACCAUCGAGGGAGAAUACAACACUGUGUUGAUAGCCGUUGGGCGUGACGCGUGUACAGGCAAGAUCGGCCUGGAUCAAGCCGGAGUUAAAGUCAACCCCAAGAACGGUAAGGUCCCGGUGAACGACGAGGAACAGACCAACGUGCCGCACAUCUACGCCAUCGGAGACAUCCUGGAGGGCAAGUGGGAGCUGACGCCUGUGGCCAUCCAGGCUGGCAAGCUGCUGGCACGCCGGCUGUACGCGGGAGCCUCGCUCAAGUGUGACUACGUAAAUGUUCCCACCACUGUGUUCACCCCUCUGGAGUAUGGCGCCUGUGGGCAUUCUGAGGAGAAAGCUAUUGAGCUGUACGGCCAAGACAACUUGGAGGUGUACCACAGUCUCUUCUGGCCUCUGGAGUUCACCAUCCCCAACAGGGACAACAACAAGUGCUACUCCAAGAUCAUCUGCAAUAAACUGGACAAUGACCGUGUGAUCGGGUUCCACUACCUGGGGCCCAACGCAGGCGAGGUGACGCAGGGCUACGGCGCGGCCAUGAAGUGCGGACUGACUAAAGAGCAGCUGGACAACACCAUCGGCAUCCACCCCACCUGCGCUGAGAUCUUCACCACCAUGGAGGUGACCAAGAGCUCGGGCGGUGACAUCACCCAGGCGGGCUGCUGAGGUUAAACCCUGCUCGUUUAGCCGGCUGUCCUGUUCUUCAUCUUAGAUAUCUCCAUCUCUCCCUCCCUCUCACCUCGUAGCUCUAUGCCAACCUGGCUCCCUCUCAAAUUCUACAUCCAAGACCAAUCUCUUCUCAGGAAACAGUGGGUCAAUAUGGCUAACUGUCUGAAAGAUUGAGCCAAAAGAUGCACUGAGGGGGCCUGUAGCGUGGACAUACAAGGCGAGAUAAUGAGGUGAGGUGAGUUACGUUCUAUGGGACAGCCUACUAGACAGCGGGGUUACUCUGCUGCUUUUACAAGGCGCCUCUUGUGUGUCUUGCUCAGAGGUGCACCACCCCUCUCUAGGGAUGGGUGAGCGCUGUUUGACGUCCUGGCCCUUAACCCAGUCACUGUGGUGGGCUAGGACCGAUGUCCCUCUGUGUCCAAAGGCACAAGGGGUGAACCGAACCCUUCGUCCAACUCCCCAACUUAAACACACUUUACACACACAUACAUCUACACACACUCACGUAUGAUGACUCCUGUAGUAUGGCAGGAUGUAACUGCUGGCACACAGCCAGAGUUUGACUGAAUGGAUACAAUCAUUCUCUAAACUCCUAUCGAGUGUUUGGUGGAAACGCCUGGUCAUUUUUACUUGGUAGAUGUAAGAUAUUGUUUAUUUUGUCAUUACGUCUCUUCUGUCAAGCCAUCAACAUUCCAGGCAUUAAUUAUUGUCAGAAGUGUAUUAUCAAAUAUCUCAGAUAUGAAAAAUAAAUAAUUGAGGUUAAUGUGGGGCAAUGUAUAUGUUUGUUUUUAAUCAGCCUUUUCUCAUGGUGUCGACCUUUCUCCACAUCGGGGCCGUUAGCCUUAGAUUAAAGACGCCUCCCAGUUCCAAUUUCUACCAAAAUGUUAACCAAAAAGGUGCAUGUGAGAGAAGUCAAAAGAGCCUCCGACAUUCAAAUCUUUUGGUGUGUGUGCUGCUUUAGAAAACACUUUCUGCUAGAACUGUUAAGACUUCCAAGGAAUGAAUACAUAAAACACGAAUUGUACUGGAUGGUAAAAAAUAAAUCAUAAUCUUAAGUUUACAGUGGAGAAUUAAACGAAUGCUUCUUUGAAUCAGUUUGAUCUUGCUGUUUCGUUUGCUCUGCAUUAUGUUUGUAUUUAAGAUGUAUCCAAUGUGGUAGAGGACAGUAUUUUAAUAAAUUCUAAUCUUACUACUGUUGUUGAGCGGUGACACCGGUCAAACUGUAUACACGACUGCUUCACUGGUAUCACUGUUUGUAGAUUAUCUUUUGAAGACUUUAAUAAAAGUUAUGUCAACAUGCAAGCUA